CGCUCGGUUUAUAAAUGAUCUGUUACGCGAACGUGUGGUUGUUAUUAACAAAAUGAACGCUUUCAACGUUUGGUUGCUGUUAAGUUUUACUGGUUUCGAUAUGGUUAUUGGACUUGAACAAGUCACCGCGCAAUCGGAUUGCAACCCGAACACGGGCAUUGUGUUCGUACUGGACACAUCGUCUGCGCUCGAUGCGAAAGCCAUCCAACUGCAAGAGGAGUUCGUAGAACUCGUUCUUCGAAAUCACCGCGCGCCCCGGGGAGCUGUCCGCGUCUCCGUCGCGCGCUGUGGGAACAACGUCACCAUUGUCACGCCGUUCGUGGACCCCUACUACAGCACGGACGCCGGGGAGGCGGGCUUCUCAAUUGAAAGAGAUCUCACAAACUCGUCUGUUCAGGACGCGGCGCUCCAUUGUCUGGAGAAUGUGAAGCGUCAUCUAACGAGGAACGCUCGCGACGGCACCACAGAGAUGGUUGUGCUGCUAAAGGGUACCUGGGACUGGCCGGUGGAGGGCUCCUAUCUGCAAGCCACGGCGCUUCGGGACCGGCACGUUGUGCUAGUCGUCAUAGCGAUAGGCGUGUGGGAGUUCGACGGGCUGUCGGCGUUACGUCUUCUAGCAACGGGCGAUCCGACUUACUUCGUCCUCUCGAAAUUUGAGAAUCUGAGAUUGUUAGCUACGAUCUUAACAAAGGGAAGUUGCACGCCUAUCACACUGGACCUUACCCUGGAGGGCACACAGCACAUUGCAUCAACCACCACGCAAGCCGUCACACAGGAAGUGCCUUGUAUACUGCUGUCCCCAACGGCCAUGAACCGUUACGUUGCGGGGUUUGGCUACAUCCAAAUCAAGUGUGGCCGAUCUGACCUGAUUGACCUUCAAACAUGCAACUGCACGGGUUAGUGCCCGUAACAUUAGGGACACAGACAUAGAUAUAUUUAUACGAUGUUUGUUGAUUGUUUAAGUGUGGAAAAACGUGUUUUACCUUAAUAUAAAAUUGAUAUGAUAAUACAUUUCUGGAAAGAACGGAUUAUCUUUUUUCUAUGUAGUUGGUUUUAGACAGUUAAUUAGUAGAAAAAAAUGUUAUUAAAUUUUCAUUAAAUAUCUUAACAAAGUGUCUUCGGUUGAGUUUUGCUACAAUUCCGGA